AUGGUUUUCGCCUCUCUCCUCUCGUUGAACGAUGAUGUUCUGUUCGAGAUCUUCUCCCUCCUGGAUUCCAAAGAGGCGCUUGCGAUGGCGUACGCCUCUAAACGCGCUUAUCAACUUGCCAUCUCCCACGUCUUCACCAGUCUGCACUGGAGCAGAGACAUGUACGGGUUUGUGCCCGAAAACGAUUCCUCUGAGGCCUAUGCCAUGUGGGAGUACAUGCGCGCACCAGAGGCGCUUUCUCAGGUCCCUCGCGUCCAGCACCUCCACCACUUCGUCACGGAGUUCUUUCAACUAGUCGACGUGCCACUUCUGCACCAACUUCUCAGCCACGCCUCCAACCUUCGCACCAUCGAGCUCUGGAACUUCGAGUCCUUCGUCGAAGAAGACAAAGAAAGUCUCACUCGAGCCAUCGGCGUAAUGCGCUACCUCAAGCAAGCGCGUCUGGUAUCUAUCGCCUUUGAGACGAUCUUUCUUCUGCCAACCAUGUUUUCAAGCUCGAACAUUGCAUCAUUACACCUCGAUUUGGCUGACUCUUACGACGAACCAAAUCACACACCCGAGCUUGCGGCACUCAUAUCCGUCCUUGGCUCCCUCCCGAGCAUACACACUUUUACAGUCGACUUCAACCGUGUCCCCGUGCUACCGAACGCCUUCAGAACACCCGAUGGAAGCCUUCCCUCGAUCCACCACCUCUCCCUCAUAUGCUCCUCAGCGGUGGCCGCAACUUUCGUGACGCUGUGCCCCAAUCUCCUCACAUUGUCGCUAUGGCUAUAUGGCGAGAACCCGAUAUUCUCUCUGGGGGACGAUGACCGGUGGCCUACUGACCUCAAGGAGCUCAUUAUUCGAUCGCAUGCUGUAGUCGCCACAGACACCACCCGACGCAUGGGGCACGUCGACUCUGUAUCGUUAGGGUGCGAUAUGGCGUCACUAUCCGGCCCAGAGGUCCUCGACUUGCUCCCGCUGCUCGAAGCAACCCGACCCUUCGCUCUCAAACUGCAGAUGGAUCCCGUCCUGACCGAACCGGAGCACGUAUGGAAAUCCUUGAGCGGCGCGGCGCCUCACCUCCGCUCUCUCGAGGUCACAGCAGAAAUGUGCAACGUGCGGGACUACGUGGUAUGUCCGCCCGUCCUUCAUUUCCGCGCCCACGCCAACCCUCCCGCGCCGCACGACCAGGACCCGCUGCUGCCCGCGCUGCAUGCUUCGUCGCUCGCCCACCUCACCCUCCACUUCCCGCCCGCGCACCCAUGUUCGAUGGCCGAGGUCGACUACCGGCGCGCGGCGGAGGUCCGCCGCGUCGAGGCACUCCUCCCGCUCCCCCAGCAACUUGUCGCGGCCGCCGCGUCGCUCCGGCUCGUCGCGCUGCGUUGCUGCCGGCCCGGAUCGAGAAGCUUCGACAACCUGCAGGAAUGCGCGGACCGCGUGCCGACCCUAUUCGAACACUUCGCGGCGAAGCACGCACGCGAGGACGAGGACGAGCGGCGGUGGGGCUCGACGAGUGAGUUCGUGCGUCCCGCGCUGCGGAAGCUCCGGGAGCUUCGGGAGGACGUCCCGCGCGACGAGCGGUGGUGGUGGGUCGAGGGCGAGGGCGCGGCGCGCAGACCGGUGGAGAUCUGGCGGGAGGACGGCGAGCGGGCGCGGGCGCUGAUCGAACGCGCGGACUUUGACGCUGCGAGGAGUUUGGACGGGUUUUAUUCUUCGAAGUGUCGGUAUGAGCGGUAG